AUUUUUUCUUUCUCAACGGAUCUCCACUCAGUCAACGCGUUUUUUCGUAAUACGGUCCUUAUUCGCAUAGAAUAAGGGCGAAUUAUUGUAUAUCAUUAUGCAGCCUAGCUUGCAAACUGACAGAAGAAUACAACCUUCUUCAUCCCAGUCAAUGCACCACCAUUCCACUCCACAUUAUGCACUGCCUCCCAUUGCUUCGCCUAACAUGCAACCACCGGUACUCCCUCCCCCAGCUUCACUCAACUUGAACCUUCCGGUCCCUCCUCCCAACCGUCGUACAGAGCACGUUAACGGAACCGUUGAAUCCUACCCGUCCUCAUCGUCACCUGCUUCGCCGUCUCUUUAUACACAACAUAGUAAUCAUUAUCAAUCUCUUUCACAUGCCAACAGCCGCACCACUUAUUCUUAUUCACCGCAUUUACCCCCUGCACAACCACCGCAUGUACAAGCCAUGUACUCUUACCACUCGCCGCAUUUCGAAUCCUCGCAAUUACCACCCCUUCAUGAGCCUUCUUCCAUCUCAAGAAAGGAAACGGAUACCCAGCCGAUGUCCUCCUGGUAUGAAACCUUUGACGAUUCUGAAAAACAAGCAUUGAAACAAUCUGAACAACAAGACCCAUAUUACUAUCCUUCGUCCGAUGGGUGGGUGUACGAACCUUCCUUUCAGACAAUUAAUAGCGCUCUGAUGAAAAAACAACAGGAGUACUCAAAUAGAAUACAAGAAAUCAACCAUGAAUUCCUGGAAAGCAAAGAGAUGAUUUACCAGGAAAAAAUCAAGCAGCUGCAAGAUGAAGUAUUGUCACUUCAGGAAGGACGCGAGCAUACCAUGUUUGAUGAAUGCAUGGCGGAUCUGGAACGACGUCGUGUCACAAUGAUUGAGGACGCGCGGUUGAUGAUGGAAUAUCAAAUAGCACAAGUCGAUGGCAUCUAUUUUGCUGAUUCGGAAUUAAUAGAGAAAGAAAGUCAGGUAAAAACAAAAGGGGAAGAAAAGAAAGGGAAUCGGUGUGAAAGGCUUUUCAUGCCAGGGAAAGAGCGUCUAAUAGGCACCCUUUAGACCGAGAAGCAAGAAGUUAAG